AUGGCGUUCACAGCUCUCAGUGUCAGACUCAUGUUUAAUGGGUUGAUGCUGCUGUUCGCACAUGCUCAGCAAAGUUAUCCUCAGGCAUCUGUGUCCGAUGCAGCUUUUCUUCGUAUCGUUCCAAGCAGGCUGCAGCUCUUUGAAUACGAGUCUGUCUCAUUUACCUGUGAAGGGUUUGAUGUCUCAGCUGGAUGCAAAGUGAGAAACGCCAAGGAAAUAAUUCCAAAGUGUUCAAAUCACACGGCAACGUCAACCCAGACCUGUACCAUCGGCUAUGCCUUUGUAUCAGACAGUGGAGGAUAUUGGUGUGAAGGUGAAGGAGGAGAGAAAAGUAACACCGUGAACAUCACUGUGACUGCUGGUUCUGUGAUCCUGGAGAGUCCUGUCCUUCCUGUGAUGGAGGGAGACACUGUGACUCUGCAAUGUAGGAACAAGAUGACUUCCUCCAACCUCAUGGUAGAUUUCUACAAGGAUGGCCUCCAAAUUGGGAACAGUUCCACUGGGAACCUGACCAUUGAAAGCGUUUUCAAGUCUGAUGAUGGCCUCUACAAGUGUAGCAUCUCCAGAGCUGGCGAAUCACCAGAGAGUCGACUGGCUGUCAGAGGCAAACUUAACAGAGAAGAAGGUGGUGGUGUGCUUAUGGAGAGUCCUGCUCAUCCUGUGACUGAGGGAGAUGCCGUGACUCUGCACUGUAGAAAGCAGGAAACGUCCUCCAACCUCAAUGCUGACUUCUAUAAAGACGGCCACCUCAUCAGGAACAGCUCUGCAGGAGACAUGAUCAUCCACGGCGUUUCCAAGUCUGAUGAAGGAUUCUACAAGUGCAGCAUCCCUGGAGCUGGACAAUCACCAGAGAGCUGGCUGACUGUCAGAGCAUAUGACCAACAAGAGAUUCAUUUUUCCCGCCAUUACAAACUCCUGCUAUGGAUCAUCAUCAGUGUCGUAUUGGUGGUGCAGAUGCUUGUGAUUGGACUUCUUUACUGGAAGAAACAGCUAGUGGCAAAGAUGAAUAAUCCAAGCAAGGACCUGCACGAUGUCGUCAAAAAAGACCGUAAGUCAGCACACUUAUUAAAGUAA